UUGUUUUUACAACUUCAGGAUAUAUAAGAGUUUAACAGCUAGAGGCCAGGGAGUUGACUAAGUGUUCUACAAUGCCCAGAGCAAGCCCUCAGAAUAAGUACUGAGGUCAGAAUGUCAAUAAUGCUGAGGUGAAGAAACUCUGCUUGCAUUAACAAGCAUGAUGGACUACAUAGCUACAGGUCCGGAACCUAAACAUCUGAGUAGCUCUCAGCAUUCAAAUUUGCAUUUCCGGUUCCACAACUCAUGCUCUUUCAUCAUACCAUAGUGGCAAGACCAGAGAUGGGAGGAAUGGCCAGUGUGAUGAUCCAGUGUACAAACUGGUGCUCCCGCAAUAUUGAUGGAGACAUUCGUUGUGUUAAUGAAUGAGUAAAUGAAGAAUGAAUAAAGGAAGGAAAUGAGGAUGGGUGCAGUUGCUCCACAGCUGUGAAGACAUGCCUCCUUGCUCUUGUUCCACAGCCCAAAAGUGAGUCAGGGAAUUAUGAUGGAGAGAGAGAAAAAAAAUCAAAAGAUGGUGGGUAUCUAAAGCCUCUAUGUUCAAUUUCAGGAGGGGUCCAGAUGCUGGUGUCUGAGUCUCCAAAUGGAAGAUGUACCAGAAGACGCCCUGUACAACCCACCUCCACUACCUUCCUAGGGAAGAUGGAGACAGGUACGAAGCUCUGAAUUGAGUUUAGGUGGUCAUUUUCCUUUCUCCCACUUUCUCCCAAGGGUUCAGGCCAGCUGUGGCCCCAAAAGGAAGAAGCGGGGAGUUGCUUCUCACAUUCUUCCCAGUUUCUGUGGCUUGGGCUGAGCAGGAGAUUCUGGGAAGCUCUGAAUCUCUUAGAAGGGAACAGAUGAAAGAGGGUGGAAGGGGAGGAGCCUAUGAUUAAAUAGACCGUUUCUUUUCACUUCCUCUUUCGGACUCCAGAAUUUGGCUGUUUUCUUGGUGAAGAGAAGCUGCGUGUUGGAGUCAGCUUGCUGCAGAGAUGAUGGGAAUCCCUGUGUUCCUGCCUGUCCUGGGCACCAAGAGUCCCCACGCUGACCGCAAGCCCUUGCAGACCUUGGGCCACAUGCUGCUGUGGAUAGCUGUGCUGAUCCUGGCUCCAGUUGCUGGGAUCUCUGCGGACCUCCCAAAGGCCGUGGUGAGACGGGAGCCACCGUGGAUCCAGGCGCUCCGGGAAGACCAGGUGACUCUGACCUGCGAGGGCGCCCACAGCCCCGGGAACCGCUCCACGCGGUGGCUCCACAACGGGAGCCCCCUCCCUGCCCAGGUCCAGCCCAGCUACAGGUUCACGGCCAAAGGCAACGACAGCGGAGAGUACAGGUGCCAGAUGGGCGGGACCAGCCUCAGCGACCCUGUGCGUCUGGAGGUGAUUUCUGACUGGCUGGUGCUCCAGACUGUUCAGCUGGUUUUCCAGGAGGGGGAUGCCAUUGUGCUGCGGUGCCACAGCUGGAAUAACAAGCCUUUGGUAAAGGUCACAUACUACCACAAUGAAAUAGCCAAGAAAUUUUUCUCUGUCAGCAAAAACUUCUCCAUCCCACAAGCAAACCACAGUAACAGUGGUAAAUACCACUGCACAGGACUCAUAGGAAGAAUGACCCACUCAUCACAGCCAGUGACCAUCAUUGUCCAAGAGCUCAAGUCAAGUGACUCUUCAGUGAUGGUGAUAAUUGUGGCUACAAUCAUUGGGAUAGCUGCUGUGGCCAUUGCUGUUGCUGUAGCAUCAAUGAUCUACCGCAAGAAAAAACGGACUCCAGCUCUCCCAGGAAACCCUGAGCACAGGGAAAUGGGAGAGACCUUUCCUGAGGAGCUAGGUGAGUACAGCGUUGUCUCUGGGGACUCAGUGAUGUCCUGUCCAGGACUGCCACAUGGAUCGCAGCCAGCAAGAAGUGGCUUGUGUGAGUUUGGCUAGAGCAAGUGAGGGGUGGGGGGUGGGGGUGGGGCUCAAAUCACUUGGUCAAUUCUGAGUCUAACUCCUGGGCCUGAGGAGAGUCUCACUGAAAUGUUACAUUAGUUUGCAAUUGAGAAGGAGGAGCCGCACCCACAUUUCUGAGACUAAGAAUCUGGGGACAUUUUGAAAGCAAUAGAUUAUAGAAAUUUGUAUCUUUUUGUGGAGAUUUGCCAGAUCUGGCAAAAAAAACCAGGGGUCUGAAGUUACAAGAAGACAAAUAGGGUUGAAGAGGUAGGAGUCCAAGAGAACAGGGGAAGGAGUCCUGGGAACAACCCCAAGAUGCAUUGAGGCAUCUGUCCCUGUGGAGGGGUAGGAUGGGCAUGGUAGAAACCAUGGAGAUUUCUAUCAUGGUAGAAAUUAGGAUAUUUGGGCUUGAGAAAAUUCUGGGGGACUAGGGCUAUUAGUGGGUUUUGUUUUGUGGGUAACAUUGGGUUCUGAUGCCUCUCUGUGUCAGUUUAUUAGGUACUGGCCCAGUUCUGCCACCAUCA